AUGAUAAGAGUAAUGAUUCACGAUAUACCGUUAAAUGUCAAUCCUCGUGCAUCGCGUGCAUCGCGCAUUGCACCGCACCGCAUCGCACCAUGUAAUUCUACCCAUCGAUCUAUGGUUUUGCUUUUAUCCCUAAUAACCAUUAUAUCCGGCUACAUAUGGUGGACAUAUCCUGUUUCUACGAGUGGAUUUGAUCCACGUCUUGUUCCCGCCUUGUGGUUUCGGUGUAUCAUGGUUUCCACUUCAUCCGGCACUUUCAAUUCAUCUCUUCCCUUUAAAUGGUCAUCUUUGAUUGGGUUACGCAAAGUCAAUUGCAGCUGCAAGGCAUUUGCAGACCAUUAUCAUAUUGAAACGGAACACCUUCCAUGCGAAAAUGUUCCCUAUAUGAGAUUUUACGAUCACCCUAGUCUUUCACUUUCAUCGCUGGACCAUGAAUUGGUGGGUGCAACAUAUAUGACCAACGCACCAUUACCGGCCAAAAUUGUUUUUGUAGCACAACAUGGGUUAAUAGAGCUUGCUACGCAUACUCAGAAGUUACAGAUAAAUUGUUCGGAUGAUCAUAUUGAUAUAAGAAGAGAAUGGAACCAAGUUGCGAAUAUUUUGCAGCCGACCAAAGUUGUAUCCCAAUCUGCCAAUUCACAACAAAACUUAUGGGAGUCUCCUCCCGAGGCAUCGUGCUCCAAUAUAAAGUACUUUCAUGAAGUUGGAAGCCACCAGGAUUGGCGUUUUUUUCGGUCUUGUGACCAUAAACCUAUCAUCCAUCGUAUGGCCAGAGCUUGGUUUCGAUUUGCAAGAGAAGCUGGUAUAGACACUUGGUUAGCACAUGGUCUGGCCCUAGGAUGGUACUGGAAUCGUCUGAACCUUCCGUGGGACAAUGAUAUUGAUGUUCAGGUGAGUUUUAGUGGUCUUGAAAGACUUUUGCAAUUUAACCAGUCCAUCGUAUUUGAUGUCCAUGAUACAAAUUCCGUCAACCUUGGCGUAGGAGGAUACCUUCUUGACGUCAACAGCAACAUAUACUGUCGAGAAAAUGACUUGAACAACGUUAUCGAUGCCAGAUUCAUCGACAUAUUCUCGGGUUAUUUCGUCGAUAUAACAGCUUUAUCAUAUGUCCCAAAAAACAUGGAAGUUGAAAGCGAAGAACUUUCGCAAGUCAUAGAACCAAGUUACACCAUCUACCAAGCCAAUCCGACUUACAAUCACAAAAAAAUGUAUGCUUCAAUGGCAGAAACCAGAAACAAUUUGAUCGCGAAUCAUCUGCUUCUUUAUGCAAAAGAUCACCACUUUUAUACAACCACAGAUAUCUUGCCAUUGCAAAAAACCAUGUUUGAAGGAGUGGUCAUGUAUGUCCCCAACAACAUAGAAAGUAUGUUAAAACGAGAAUAUCCAAAAGGAUUUCUUUAUCGAAGAUUCGAAGGGCAUUCUUUUGAGCUGGGAGUGUGGAAAACUCCAGGCCAAGAUGUAACUCAAUUUCAACAAUUACUCAAUACCAAACAAUUGAAAGACAUACCGCCAGUCUGGAAAGAUCCUUGGGUCCGGUGGACUAAUUCCUCCUUAAUAAAAGUGUCUUAA